AUGCUGUGCGGCCGCUGGAGGAGCCGCCGCCGCCGGCCCGAGGAGCCCCCGGGGCCCGCCCAGGUCGCGACGCCCGUCGCGCUCGCGCCCCCGGACGGCGGCAGCAGGAGGCCCGGGCUGCGGGCGCUGAAGAAGAUGGGCCUGACGGAGGACGAGGACGUGCGCGCCAUGCUGCGGGGCUCCCGGCUCCGCAAGAUCCGCUCGCGGACGUGGCAGAAGGAGCGGCUGUACCGGCUGCAGGAGGACGGCCUGAGCGUGUGGUUCCAGCGGCGCAUCCCGCGCGCGCCAUCGCAGCACAUCUUCUUCGUGCAGCACAUUGAGGCGGUCCGCGAGGGCCACCAGUCCGAGGGGCUGCGGCGCUUCGGGGGCGCCUUCCCGCCCGCGCGCUGCCUCACCAUCGCCUUCCGGGGCCGCCGCAAGAACCUGGACCUGGCGGCCGCCACGGCCGAGGAGGCGCAGCGCUGGGUGCGCGGUCUGGCCAAGCUGCGCGCGCGCCUCGACGCCAUGAGCCAGCGCGAGCGCCUCGACCACUGGAUCCACGCCUACCUGCACCGGGCCGACUCGGACCAGGACAGCAAGAUGAGCUUCAAGGAGAUCAAGAGCCUGCUCAGAAUGGUCAACGUGGACAUGAAUGACAUGUACGCCUACCGCCUCUUCAAGGAGUGUGACCACUCCAACAAUGAGCGACUGGAGGGUGCUGAGAUUGAGGAGUUUCUGCGGCGGUUGCUGAAACGCCCCGAGCUGGAGGAGAUCUUCCAUCGGUACUCGGGCGAGGACCGCGUGCUGAGCGCCCCGGAGCUGCUGGAGUUCCUGGAGGACCAGGGCGAGGACGGCGCCACGCUGGCCCACGCCCAGCAGCUCAUCCACACCUAUGAGCUCAACGAGACAGCCAAACAGCAUGAGCUGAUGACACUGGAUGGCUUCAUGAUGUACCUGUUGUCACCUGAAGGGGCUGCCCUGGACCCGGCCCACACAUCUGUGUUCCAGGACAUGGACCAGCCCCUCUCCCACUACUUCAUCUCCUCCUCACACAACACCUAUCUGACUGACUCUCAGAUCGGGGGGCCCAGUAGCACCGAAGCCUAUGUUAGGGCCUUUGCCCAGGGAUGCCGCUGUGUGGAGCUGGACUGCUGGGAGGGCCCAGGAGGGGAGCCCAUCAUCUAUCACGGCCACACCCUCACCUCCAAGAUCCUCUUCCGAGACGUGGUCCAGGCCGUGCAUGACCACGCCUUCACUUUGUCCCCAUACCCUGUCAUCCUGUCCCUCGAGAACCACUGUGGGCUGGAGCAACAGGCUGUCAUGGCCCGCCACCUUCGAACCAUCCUGGGAGACACGCUGGUGACACAAGCGCUGGAUGCCCAGAACCCUGAGGAGUUGCCAUCCCCAGAGCAGCUGAAGGGCCGGGUUCUGGUGAAGGGGAAGAAGCUGCCGGCUGCUCGGAGCGAGGAUGGUCGAAUUCUAUCCGACCAGGAGGAGGAAGAGGAAGAGGAGGAAGAGGAGCCAGAGGCCACAGAACAGAGGCGGCGGGCCAAGCAGAUCUCCCCUGAGCUGUCGGCCCUGGCCGUGUACUGCUGUGCCACCCGCCUGCGGACCCUGCGCCCCACCCCGGUCCCGCCCCAGCCCUGCCAGGUCAGCUCCCUCAACGAGCGCAAGGCCAAGAAGCUCAUCCGAGAGGCAGGGAACAGCUUUGUCAGGCACAAUGCCCGCCAGCUGACCCGAGUCUACCCCCUGGGGCUUCGGAUGAACUCCGCCAACUACAGCCCCCAGGAGAUGUGGAACUCCGGCUGUCAGCUAGUGGCUUUGAACUUCCAGACACCUGGCUACGAGAUGGACCUCAAUGCCGGGCGCUUUCUUGUCAACGGGCAAUGCGGCUACAUCCUGAAACCCGCCUGCCUACGGCAGCCAGACACCACUUUUGACCCCGAGUGUCCUGGACCUCCCAGAACUACUCUCACCAUCCAGGUGCUGACUGCACAGCAGCUGCCCAAGCUGAACACUGAGAAGCCAAACUCCAUCGUGGAUCCCCUGGUACGCGUUGAGAUCCACGGGGUGCCUGCAGACUGUGCUCGAAAGGAGACCAACUAUGUGCUCAACAAUGGCUUCAACCCGCGCUGGGGGCAGACCCUGCAGUUCCAGCUGCGGGCUCCUGAGCUGGUGCUGGUCCGCUUCGUGGUGGAAGAUUACGACACCACCUCCCCCAACGACUUCGUGGGCCAGUUUACGCUGCCCCUCAAUAGCCUGAAGCAAGGGUACCGCCACAUCCACCUGCUUUCCAAGGACGGCGCCUCACUGUCACCAGCCACGCUCUUCGUCCACAUCCGCAUCCAGCGCUUCUGAGGGUGGGACGGCCCACGCUGGGGCCCCUUGGAUGCCAGCCUGCCUCCUGUGGCAGAGGCUCUGUUCUCCUCAGGAGUGGGGGUUGCAGGGAGGACUAGCCCCUCCAGCCUGCUCGCUUUGCCCACUCCACUCUCUGGCCCCAGUGGAGCGCUAGGGGCUGCCUUGGUCCCUCUUGAGAACGGCCGCUGCUUUGCCCUGUGACCCCAGAGCCUUGAGCCCCAGCUCCUCGGAUUCUUGGCUGGCUCCCCCGCCCCCUGCUCAUGAAGAGCCAGGCCUGUGGCUGCCGGAUUUGGGGAGGAAACCUGAGCCUUUAGCUGUUCUCUGCCCCCCAGGGGGGCAUCCCAGCCGCCAUCCCCAGAGUAGUUCAGCCCCUUCCUUGCCGCCCCCCCCCCAGGUAUUAUUAGCCACCCCCCAGGGCCCUCCCCUUGCCAGGCUUUCCUGGGCUCCCCACUGGAGCUCGACUUUGGGCUGCCUUUCCCAGGAAGCCUACGAGUAGGUUUUCACUUGUGUCAUAGAAGGGACCUGAAGAGGACAGGAGAUUAUCGAUUUUAAAAAAUAAAGAAACAAGUUUACUACUGCUGUA